AUGAAUCCCGGCACCUUCUCUGUUGGAAAAAGCUAUCCUAUUAGUGCCAAGGCAGCAACAAAUAAUCCUCUUUAUCAAACAGCAAGAAUAUUCUUAAACCCAUCUUCAUAUGAGUUUGAUAUAAUUGAUCAUGGCGUUUAUUAUGUUCGUCUCCAUUUCUAUCCGUACAUGAUAGGGAAGGCUAAUGUGGUCGCUAACAUCUCAUUCAACGUUUCAGUUACUAAUUCUACGCUCUUGUCAGAGUUUAGUGCUAAACAGACUAAUAAUUUACCAGUGAUUGAGGAGUUCUUAGUCACUAUCUUCGAAAGCAAGUUCAGCAUCAACUUUAUUCCUGAAGCAAAAUCUUUAGCUUUCGUGAACGCCAUAGAAGUCUUUCUAUUCGCCCCAAAUCUGAAAUUCCUCUUAAUUGAUAUUCCUGUGGUUAGUGGUAGGGGGAUAAGCAGAAACUACUCAGGCGAUGGACCGGAUGUUUUACACACACUUCACAGGAUCAAUGUUGGAGGUCCACUUCACAAUGACUCACUGUGGAGGACUUGGAUACCGGAUGAUCCUUACGUCCCUGAUUUAAGAUAUGGAAAAAAUUGUCCCGCUUUUAAGGGUGCGCUUAGGUACAAUGUUCUUGAUGCUUCUAAAGAUUCUGCCUCGGAUCUUGUCUACAGCACUUGCAAAGAAUUGUCUAUAGAGACUGGUGUCAUAACUUGGCAGCUUGAUGUGAGUAAGAGUACCAUACACAUGCUUCGGCUGCACUUCUGCGACAUUGUUAGCACAACGGCUGCUGUCGCAAAGUUCGAUCUUACUUUGUACGAGUUUUACGCUGGUGAGAUCUAUGCUACAGAUGGUAACCAAGUUGAGCGGUUGGAUGCUCCAUUUUACUAUGAUUUUUUGAUUGAGUCAGAUGCUUUGGGACUUGCAAUUGUUACCAUAACGCCCAGAGCGGACUCUAAAAGUAAAAAUGCAUAUCUGAAUGGAAUAGAGGUUUUUGAGUUAACCAAGCGAUUGAAUUAA